ACAAUGAGGCUGGUCAUCCUUGUGUGCCAGCUUGUCCUCAUUCUGAGGACAGAGGCCCAGAUACCAGAUGAAUGCAUGACUAGCGAUACAAACAGAGCUCCAGAAAACACUGACAUAUCUGUGGAAUGCGGCACUGAGUAUAUGGAAGUGAGCAUCUUCCUUUGCCCUGUGUACAAUGCUCUUUACAAUGAAUCUCUGAUGGUCCCCAAUAAUCAGAUGAACACGCCCGAGUGUUUAGGGACUCCUGACUGGACUGUGGACCCACCGGUCUUGAGGUUCAGAUUCCCCUUGCAUGAAUCUUCUGUUUCAUCCUGCAAUCAUUUAUUUACGGAAAUCAUUCAAGUUGGGAGUGGAUACUUUGCAGACUUCUCAAAUGUCCAGUAUGUCAACAUAUCUGGCUUUAUUAACUCUGUAAAACCCCCUUGGAGUUCAAACAAGCCGAUCCUGUACAGCUAUUCCUGCCUCUACCCGAUGCAGUAUCUUCCACAGAAAACUGAAUUGGCCGUAGCAGGUCCGAGUGUUGCCAUAAGAAACAACGGUAGCCUUGUCACCACACUGAGUAUGAUGCUCUACAGAGAUAAAUGGCGAAAAGAGAUGCUGAUUAUCUCAAAAAAGGGACUCAACCCAAGCACCAAGAUUUAUGUUGCCGUUAAAGCUACCAAUCUAACAAACAGGUUCAACGUGCUGCUGGACAGCUGCUAUGCAUCAACUAGUCCAGAUCCUGAGAGCUACAACCAUCAUUACCUUUUUGAAGGGUGUGAACAUAGUGCAUGGAGCAAGGUGGAGCUCAAUGGGGAGUCUCAGCAUGCGUACUUCUGCUUCAAUGCCUUCAUAUUUGAGAAUCUUAAACAUCAGGAAGUCUCCACUUUCUACCUGCACUGCGUCACCAGGCUCUGUGAGGUGUCUUCGUGCAGCAGACUAAAGCCUGACUGUGGAUAUUUCUCCAGCUUAUGGAAGAGAGAGGCCCAGUACGUGUCAGACGCAGCUACAGUCACCUCGCCCCCCAUCCGCACUUUCGAAAUCUCUUCCUGA